ACUGUCUGCACGAUAUAUUUAUUAGAACAACAUGCGCUCUGGCUAUAUGUGCCUUUAGUCCCGCUUUGGUGCUUGUUUCGGUGCUUCGAGCGAACUCCGUCUCGCUCUGGCGGACUCUGCCGUGGACCGAUCUUCCGAUAGACGGACAAGUCUGGCCCCGACGUUCGACUGCCUCAGCAAAAAGACAAAUUCGUUUCAACGAAAGGCCGUCUUCGCACUUCGCAACAAAUGUACCUACGACAGUGUGAUGCACCUGAAAUUGGCCUUUAGGGCUUCGAGUGGACUAUUUCGAGUGAGGCAGCGUCGCAAUACAACGUCGAGAUGUGUUUGCGGAGUAAUUAAGUGUGAAACAGUGUCUCCAGCAAGUGGGGCCGUUUAGGACACAUGCGGUCGCUGGUGAUACAAGCAGGUAAUCAAAUGAUAGUUCUCAAUCCGCACAUCUCUACUAGGACGUAAGAAGGAAGAGCAGUAACGAUGCGGAGGCUCGUGCACCAUUGCCGUCGCCUGUUGACUUCACUUAAAGAGCAAAGAAUCCACGAACCACUCCUAUGCGACCUAACCUUGCUCACCAGUGACGAACAACUUUUAAGGUGUCACAAAGCGGUUCUAUGUGCGAAUUCAUCGUAUUUUAACGCUAUGCUAACAUCGAACUUCAUUGAAGCGUGUCAGAGCGAAGUUCAAGUGCCGUUUGCAUCGUGUGUGCUAAGUCCAGUGGUUGAUUUCUUCUACGACGGCUGUAUCGAACUCCGUGUUAACAAUAGUCUAGACCUCCUUGAGACGGCGGACAUGCUGCUAGCUCAAGACCUGAUCGCUGAAUGUGAAUCCUAUAUAUCACAACACCUUCUGGAGGUGCUCACAGACGAGAAAACACUUAAAAAAGAUUCAUUGUUUCAGUUGGUACCCGUACUCAAAAAGCAAGUCAAGUUCAAUCUUAAAGGUGUUCUCGGCGCGAUUCAUCGAUGGUUUGUGGAAGAUGCACACACACGUCUUAUGUGCUUCACCGAAUUACAGCUAGCAGUCAUCAACAGACUUCAAGAUGACUUUGAGGUACGUCUUAUCGAAGACAAUGCUAAAUCACAGCACGGUAACGAGGUGUACGUGAACUUCCAGAAUAUCGAGCAUGCCAAACCAAAUUUGCUAAAAUUUGACGGAGCACAUUGGUCCAAAUGUGACUGGCCACAAGCAGACGACCUACCGUAUAGCUGCGAACACUUCUGCAUUGUGGAAUACGGCAAGAGCCUAUUAUACUGCAAAACGCAGGGGGAGUCGAUCCAAUUACGGGAAAAAGGUCAACCUGAUCGUAUUGUAGAAGGCACCUCCGGCACCCUCAUGUCAUUUCUAAAAUCCGAGAGACAGAUCUUUUUGCACAAGAUAAGCCGGACGGGUGAUCGACUUAAGAUAUUCGACCGGAUUAAAAAAUGCUUUCACACUGUCGAGUUACCAAAGGGCUACAAGCUGAUCAAGGUGAGCGAGAAUCGGAUUACUGAGAACAUAAUCAACAAUGAAAUAUUUAUAGUUGCUACACUACGAAUUCAAGAAAUACUUCAGGAGGGUAUGUUCUGCUUCGACCAUGACCCUAAAAUUCCUUGGGUUGUGACGAGAGUGUCUCAGCUUCCACAUAAAUCAUGCGAACGUGAUAUACCUACCGUCUUUUGCAACGUUCCAGUCAUACUCUCAGCGAAGGACUGUCGCGCCUAUGUCCUUCACCGCAUUCAACUGAAUGAUACCGAUCAUUGGCAAGAACUGCUGUCCUUUCCGCUGGUUGAACUCGACCCAGCAAAUUAUGAACUCAUUUAUGUGUAUAGCACCAGGCGUAAGCUCUACCUUGUUGUGGAACAAGACCAGGAGGUGCGUGUCAUCUGCUAUAAAGGCUUACAAGCCACCAGACAAGACGUCACGGUUGAAACCCAGUUCCCGCGGGCACGUCUUGACUAUGAACGGGGUGUGAUCUUUGCUGACGAUGAAUAACUAAUCAAUCCAUCAGUGCUAAAGGAAAUCAAAUGGAUGCAAAUUUCACCUGCCUCCAUACUUCUACUAAGGUCCUUACAAGAUCAUUCAUACAAGACAUUUGUUUACGUUCACUGUUUACGCCACACGCAUUAAAGUGGUACAAUUUUCCAUAAUAAUAAUAAUAAUAAUAAUAGAGCAUUGUAAACGAGGCACAGCGUGACUGAUUCGAUGUACAUCGUACGUUCUUAUAAUCCCAAAGAACAGAGCUAUAUAUAUUCCACCUGGAGACCUCCGUCCGCGAACCGGCUUUUACCUUGGCCAGUAUGCCACAUCCGCAAUGGUAAAUGUACGACGACUGCUUGCUAAUGUGAUAUUGUAUUUCGAUGGAAACAAAGCGCUCUAAAAUUCUAUCCUAUUCUAUAUCUAAAAAAACGUGAGUCAGUUUCAAAACGAUGGAAAAAAACGUUUUGUACAAAACUUAGAAUGUUGUUCGGUGUUUCAAAAGUCAAACUCGCUACUGCUGUUAGGCGUUGCUUCGCAAGGCCGGCUAGCGGCCAGUACAACAAAAACAAUGAUAUGACGUUACGUUAUGUGCUAUUGAAAUUGAGGCAAUAAACAACUUCAGGGAUUUUUA